AUGGCACUUUUCAGACAAUCAUCAGCGGCCGGGGACCCCGGCUCCACCGUGGUCGCCAUUGACAGAGACAAGAACAGCCAAUUGGCAGUCAAAUGGGCAGUUGAUAAUCUUUUGAGCAAUAGGACCUCUCAUUGCAUCCUCAUUCACGUUCGAAACCGCAGCUUGCAUCCUCGUAGCCUUCACAUUGUGUAUGCGUUUGAGAUAUGUGUUCUUGGUUUUGCAGAGGAUGUUGGUUUAGUUUCCAAAGAUGGUCGCCCGCCAACUGAAGACGAGCUGCAACAGUUCUUUCUUCCCUACCGAGGAUUCUGCGCACGAAAAGGGAUUGUAGCCAAGGAAGUGAUCAUCCACGACAUCGAUGUUCCAAGUGCGCUCAUUGAUUAUAUUGUCAACAACUCCAUAUGCAAUAUUGUUGUCGGCGCUUCCAGUCGCAAUGCUAUAACAAGAAAAUUUAAGGAUUCAGAUGUGCCUACUUGCUUAUUCAAAUCUGUACCAGAAACCUGUGCGGUAUAUGUCAUAUCGAAAGGAAGAAUUCAGACUUCAGGGUCGGCAAGCAGACCUCAAACACCGGGGAGUAAUGCAGUUACACCGAGAAGUAGGGCAGUUACACCAAGAAGUAGCGCAGUUACUCCCAGGAAAAGUUCUCUACAGGCACAGCUUUUCAACCAUACUCAUGGCGUGUCGGACUUCGAAGAUGUCAUCAGGUAUAUAAUCUCGAUUUUGCAGCUGCAUUCUUUUCUUGUUGGAUAA